CGACCCCAACCACUUCAUUCAGCACUAUCAAUAGAAAUACAGUAACAGCGACAUGGCACGUACCAAGCAAACAGCCCGUAAAUCAACCGGUGGCAAGGCCCCGCGGAAACAGUUGGCCACUAAGGCGGCCCGUAAGAGCGCACCGGCUACCGGCGGAGUGAAGAAACCGCAUCGUUACCGUCCGGGUACUGUUGCACUCCGUGAAAUCCGCCGUUACCAAAAGAGCACAGAGUUAUUGAUCCGCAAAUUGCCUUUCCAACGAUUGGUCCGUGAGAUUGCCCAGGAUUUCAAAACCGAUUUACGUUUCCAGAGUUCCGCCGUAAUGGCGUUGCAGGAAGCCAGUGAAGCGUACUUGGUCGGACUGUUCGAAGACACAAACUUGUGUGCCAUCCAUGCUAAACGUGUUACCAUCAUGCCAAAAGAUAUUCAAUUGGCCCGUCGUAUUCGCGGAGAACGAGCUUAAGCUAUUUGAUAUUUAAGUAUUGUUACUAAAACGGCCCUUAUCAGGGCCACCAAAAUUUUUAACAACAACAUUAAUUACGGUAUAUGAAAUUUACUGCUAAAUUUAUCAAUCUCUAACACUUAAUACUCCCCAAAACUUUCCAGCAACUCUUGACUUUGUAGCCGAAAUUUCUUAUUUCCACACACCUUCUAACCAUAACU